AUGAACAACGAUUAUCUUCCCUAUGCUCCUAUUUCAAAUAUACAAAAUCCAACCUACAACUUGUUGAGAUCCAAUCAGAAGUUGUCUUCAAUCAACUUGGAUCAAGAGGUCUCCUUGUAUUCAACUAAUAGUUAUAACACCAAAGAAAGAGAAAUCUAUGAAAAUUUGGCAGAGAUUUAUUCAAUUUUAACAACUUUGGAAUACAUAGAAAAGUCGUAUUUGAAAGACAAUCUAAAACAUGAAUUGUAUACUUCAACCGUAAAGAGAUUGAUUAACCAAUAUAAUGCGUUGAUAAAUAACGAUGAAAUCUCCGAUCAGUUUAUAAACUUGCAAUACUUUAAGAAAAAAUAUAAAAUUGAUUGUCCAUUGGCUACUAAAAGAUUGGAGAUUGGUGAAAGUUCUAGUUCUAAUAACAAUAACAAUAAUAACAAUGCUAACAAUAAUAAUAAUAAAAAUCAAAUAUCUUCAAGAGCAGUCGCUGAAGCUACAGGAAAUUUUAUAACAUGUAUGGAUGCAUUGAAAUUGAACUAUAAAGCCAAAGAUCAAUUAUAUCCAUUAUUAUCUGAUUUGAUAACCUCAAUAAAUAAUAGCGAUGAAAAUAAUAACAAACAAAGUGGAAAACACAAAUUAGAUUUUGAAGGUAGAGGCAAGUUGGUUGAAUGGUUAAUUAAAUUGAAUCAUAUGAAAGUUAAUGAUGAAUUGAGUGAAGAUGAAGUAAGGCAAUUGUUGUUUGAUUUGGAUACAGCGUAUAAGCAUUUUUAUACUUCAUUAGAAUGA